UGGAAUUCUUCCAUGACCCAACAAAUCCUGAAGGAGGAGAUACGGUGAGAAGCCCAGAUGGCCUUAGAACUAGCAAGUCCAUUGCCUUGGUUUCAAGAGACUGGGGAAGAUUGAGGAAUUUGGUGGGUGGAACCAGCAAGUAACCUUCUGGGAUUCUUAAGAUAUGUGAUAUCUGUAUCUCUUAAAACCGAGAGAGAGAGGUUGAAGGGAAUCCGUCGGGCACUCUCUCUCCAACAACGCGAAGACAAACCGCGCCAAGACAAAACUUCGGGAAUAUAGCCGUUGCCAGAGCCGUUUCACGGGCUUGCUUGUUCCUCCUCCUUCAAACUCAAGCCUAAACCCCUGCGUGUUACCCCAAAAAACCCCCAACCCCUAUGCUCUCGCUUGAUUACUAGAACAACAUUGUAGUUCUCCCCACCAACUUCCUAACAACCGAAAAAAGCAAUGGCAAGAAAAGUAGAGGCAUCCACUUCUUUCUUAGCUCUCCCUUUUGUUCUGUUACUGCUUUCCCUUGCCGCAGGGGGAGCUGCUGCAUCAUCACAGGGAAAGAGAACUUGGUGCGUGGCCAAACCUUCAUCCGAUGAAGCUACUCUGACUGCAAACUUAAACUAUGCCUGCUCUCAGGUGGAUUGCAAGGUACUGCAAAAGGGCUAUCUUUGUUUUUACCCAGACAACCUCAUGUCUCAUGCUUCAGUUGCUAUGAACCUCUACUACCAAGCCCGAGGCCGGAACUACUGGAACUGCCACUUCAAGAAUUCUGGGCUCGUCACAAUAACAGACCCAAGUUUUGGAAGCUGUAAUUAUGCAUAUUAUUGACGAAGACGGCAAAUUCUCAACUAAAUUGAGCUGCAAAUUGCUGGAUUUUGAUUUAGCUGUCUAAACCUUGUUGUUAUCUGCAGCAUAGUAUUUCUUGGAUAUUCCCAAAUGCUUGCCUUAAUUUUUGGUGGUUUCUGCAUUAUGAUAUCUCUUGGAUAGUUGCAAGUAUUGCAAUUAAUCAAAAAUUUAUGCCCUUGUCUUUCA